AUGCUUUUGAAAUCGAAUCAUAUCUUUUCAACAGUUGAGAUUGGUGAAUGGGGGAAUUUUUGUUGUCAUUUAACCUUGAAACGACUUCGACCAGCUGGUUCAACUGUUAGAAAAAUACCCUAUCCAAUGCCAGGUUGGUUUCUCACGCGUAUGUUCAACUUGGUGGCAUGUCCUAACUACACCUAUGAAGUCCUGUCAUGGAUUGGUUUUACAAUAAUGACACAAACUCUACCGGCUAAGGCACAUAUCACAUCAAAUAUCUUCGAGCGGUCGAUCUUUUCAACAGUUGAGAUUGGUGAAUGGGGGAAUUUUUGUUGUCAUUUAACCUUGAAACGACUUCGACCAGCUGGUUCAACUGUUAGAAAAAUACCCUAUCCAAUGCCAGGUUGGUUUCUCACGCGUAUGUUCAACUUGGUGGCAUGUCCUAACUACACCUAUGAAGUCCUGUCAUGGAUUGGUUUUACAAUAAUGACACAAACUCUACCGGAAAGAAACGUUGACGUGGCAUCACUAGAACAAGAGGAAGAUCGGUUAUCUAAACUUGUUAUACACGACGAUAACUAGCUGGUAACCCGGUCAACUCAAGUCUCUCGAAAAAUACCCGUUUCUUCAUACGUAAAAACACAGAUUUUCUCGUAUGGUAACAUUGGUGUUUGAAUCUCGACUGGAAGACGGAGUUCAUGUCCGAACAAUAGCAGGGCUGGGGAAAAACCCGUAGAUGAAUGCAUGGAAGAGCGGUAUGCUAGCAAACACUGGGGCAGGACAUCAUCCCAG